AUGUUGUCAUCUCAUAUAAAUUGUGAUCGACAUCCUUAAUAUGGAUUAGUCAGUAUAUGUACAGCUAAACAUUAAUGCUAACGAAAGCUUUGUCCCUAAUGUGUAUAAGAACAUAAAAUUGCAAGUGAUUUGAUUAUUCCAUAUCAAAAAUUUGUUGAAUAACUUCUUCAAAAAUUUGAUAAAUCAUAAAUUGAUUUUUAAUCAUAACAAUCAACAACUUUGUUAUAAACAAUUCAAAAAAAACUUGACUCAAUUUUAGAAGAGGUCAAAAUCAUAAUUACAAAUUUAAAAGAAUCAAUCAAUAUAAUUAGUACGAUGAGUAAAUAUGGAGACAAUAGGUAUGAAAAUCUUAUAAAUCCAAACUUAAAUCCUUUAGAAUGUAAAGUGGAAGAUUUAUAAUUUCUUGUUGAAUUUUUAAAUUCAAAUAGUGUCAUGGAAUGGAAUAAAAAGAAGAAAAUUGUAUUGGAUUAAAUGACUAAGGUUAUUCCUUUUUGGGAGAAAUUAGUGAUUGGAGCUUGUAGUCUGAAUCAUGCUAUUGAUUAUGUUAAGAAUUAUUUGUAAAUUUAUUAUGUAACUUCAAGUACUUAAAAAGAAAUAACUCAAGAAAUUAUUUGUUUAGAUGGAUUAGAAUAGACUAAUUAUGGAUUAAGUUCCACUAAAUUUUAUUUCACAAGAAAAUCCAACGGCAAUAAAAUUUAUUCCAAAGAAGGAGAUUGUUUAAGAUUGUAUAUCUUCUUAAUUAAAAUUUUAGAGAAAAUACUUAAUUAGGUUAAUAAGUAGAAGAUAUAAUCCAUAAUCUUGAAUAAAUACGAUAUUUAUAAUUUAAAGGAUAAUUUGGAAUUAAUGGUUAUAAAAUUAAACAAUGGAAUUAUUUUUGGAAAGAAUAAUAAAUUGGAGGUGGUAAAUUCAAUUUUUAAGGAUAAAAAGAAGGAAAGUGGAUUGAUUUAUGUCAGGAUUAUUGCGAGUAUUUUAUUAUAACAAUAUCAUAUUAAAGUUAAAAAAAUGUAAUUGAAAUAGGUAGUUAUUAAUUAGACAAAAGAAUUGGUUGUUGGAAUUAUUUUUGGAAAAAUAAUAAAAUGUAAAAUAUUGAAAAUUUAAUAUCAGUGGUGGGGGGUUAUAUGAUGAAAUAGGUAAUGAAUUUAAGACAGGUUUAUGGAUAGAAUUAAGUAAUGGAUUUAGGAAUAAUUCAUAAGUUACUUAUAAUGGAGAAUAUAAAAAUGGUUAAAAAGUUGGGAGUUGGGAUAUUUUUUAUAACUAUGAAGGAAAAAAUAAAAAGAUGUAAUAAUUAUUGUUUUUACAAUUUAGUGGAGGUGGAUCAUAUGACUAAAUUUAUUAAAUGAAGAUUGGGAGAUGGAUUGUAUUAAGUGAUGAGUUUUACAAUUAAUCAUAAGUGACUUAUCAUGGUGUUUAUGUUAAUGAUAAAAAAGUUGGUAGAUGGGAUAUAUUCUUUAAAGGGGAAUAUGAAGAAGAAUUUAAGAAGAUGUAAAAUUUAAUUUUAAAUAUUAUCAAAAUUUAUUGUAGUGGAGGUGGAUCAUAUGAUGAGGAAGGUGAUGAGUUAAAAAUUGGGAAAUGGACAGAGCUUAGCAGAGGGUUUAAUUUUUAUUCUUAAGUCACUUAUAAUGGUGAUUAUAAAAAUGGUAAAAAAGUUGGCCAAUGGGAUAUUUACUUUAAUUGGAAUGGAAAUUAGAAAAUGUAAAGUUGUUUUAUAAAUAUAAUCAAAAAAUAUUUUAGUGGUGGUGGAUAAUAUGCUGAAGAAGGUAAUGAGUUUAAGGUUGGAAAAUGGACUGAGUUGAAUGAUGGAUUUAAGGAUGAUUCAUAAGUAACUUAUAAAGGCGAAUAUUUAUAUGGUAAAAAAGUUGGAAAAUGGGAUGCUUAUUUUAAAAAUAUUUAUGACGUUUCCAGAUAUGAAUGGAUGUAAAAUCUCAUUUAUUAAUAUUAUAUAGUGGUGGUGGUUUAUAUGAUGAGGAAGGUAAUGGGCUCAAGAUUGGAGAAUGGAUUGAGUUGAGUGAUGAGUUUGAGCAUAGAUCCUAGGUCACUUAUAAUGGUUAAUAUAAACUUGAUAAGAAAGUUGGUGAAUGGGUUAUUUAUUUCAAUCUUGGAGGAAAAUAACAGAUGUUAGAUAUAUAAUUUAAACAAAUUUAGUGGCGGUGGCUCUUAUGAUGAAGUAGAUUCAUUCAAGAAAGGGAAAUGGAUUGAGCUUAGAGAAAAAUUUCAUGAUGGAUCUUAAGUUACUUAUAAUGGUGAAUAUAAAAAAGGUAAAAAAGUUGGUAAAUGGGACAUCUUAUAUAAGGGAAGAAAAAUGUAAAGAAAUUAUUAAUAUUAAGUGGUGGAGGAUUUUAUGAUAAUGAAGAUUCAUUUAAAAUUGGGAAAUGGAUUGAAUUAAGCGGCUUAUUUGCAUUUAAUUUUCAAGUCACUCAUAUAGGUGAUUAUAAAAUUGGAAAAUGGGAUAUUUAUUGUAAUAACGAGAAGAUGUAAACUAAUUAUAUAUAUGUUAGUGGUGGUGGAUUUUAUGAUUAAGAAGAUUCAGUAAAAAUUGGUAAAUGGAUUGAUUUAAGUGAUGGAUUUUCAAAUGAAUCUUAAGUUACUUAUGUUGGCGAAUAUAAAAAGGGUAAUAAAGUUGGUAGAUGGAAUAUUUAGUUUAAAAAUGAGAAUGUGUAAAUAAUUCUAUAAAUAAUUAGUGGAGGUGGUUUAUAUGACGAAGAAAAUUCAAUAAAAAUAGGAAAAUGGAUUGAAGUAAUAGAUGAUUUUGGGGCUGGAGUAGGAUAAUUGAAAAUAACUUAUAAUGGUGAAUAUAAUGAUGGUAAAAAAGUUGGUAUAUGGAUAGAAAUGGAUAUAGGUGGAAAUAAAAAGCGUAAAGAAAUAUCAUAUAAUAAUUGA